AGAGUACGGACUUAAGCUCCAGUUUGUGGAGGAGGAAAAAGGAUAGGCGCGCCACCAUUAGCAGCACAGACGGACAGAGAGAGAUAGAAAAUGAACCUCGUCCAAAGGGCAUCUCCAAGCCUCCCCAAGCUUUUCGGACUUGCCAAGAGGCCCUUCAAGUCCUUGAGAUUCCCAGGGGAGCCCCUCGACUCUUCAUCUUCUCUCCCCCCUCUCUCCUACGGAAUCCACGUCUUCCAUUGCCCCGAUGCAGUUGGGAUUGUGGCCAAGCUAUCGGAUUGCAUUGCUUCUAAAGGCGGAAACAUUCUCGGCGCCAGCGUCUUCGUGCCCGAAAACAAGCACGUUUUUUAUUCCAGAAGCGAAUUUAUUUUCGAUCCUCUUAAAUGGCCAAGAAAGGAAAUGGAUGAGGAUUUCCAUAAGCUGUCGUUAACAUACUCUGCAAUCAGAUCUGUUGUCCGGGUUCCAAAUCUCGACCCCAAAUAUAAGAUUGGUGUCCUUGUCUCAAAGCAGGAUCAUUGCCUGGUAGAUUUAUUACAUCAGUGGCAGGAAGGCAGGCUUCCAGUAGAUAUAACUUGUGUAAUAAGUAAUCAUCAUAGAGGUCCAAACACCCAUGUGCAUCGUUUUCUAGAAAGACACGGUAUACCUUAUCAUUAUCUAAAUACAACCAAGGAUGACAAAGGAGAAGGGGAGAUACUGGAGUUGGUUCAAAACACUGAUUUUUUAGUUCUUGCCAGGUACAUGCAGAUAUUAUCCGGUGAUUUUUUAAAGAGCUAUGGAAAGGAUAUAAUUAACAUUCAUCAUGGCCUUUUGCCAUCAUUCAAAGGUGGAAAACCAUCUAAACAGGCUUUUGAUGCAGGGGUGAAGCUUAUUGGUGCAACAACUCAUUUUGUGACGCAAGAACUUGAUGCCGGGCCUAUUAUUGAACAGAUGGUAAAUACGAAGUUCUUUACUGCUGCUAUGAAAUUUACCCUUGUUUAGGCUUUGAAAUUCUUGUGCUGUAUUUUUGGUUUUGUGUCUCUGACAGUAUAAGAUGAUUUUUGGCAUUGAUUGCUGAUUAUUCUCGUGUUUGUUGUUGUUUGAUAGUAUUACGCAUUUACUUUGAUCCAUAGAAAGCUUUGGUCUUUUCUAGGCAAGUUGAGAUGAAAAUAUGACCAGAUCAAACAGCUGAACCAAGUUACUUAUAAUGUAGAUCAUAGUGGAAACAAUGACUUUGCUACCCACCCAUAACAUGGUUGGGUGGGAUAGUCCUAGUUAAACAUAAAUAUAUCUAAGUUCUAACUUAUUACAAAUCAUAAUGCUUUCAAGUGGCCUACUGUCAGAAUCUCACUACAAUAUGGGAACGAUAUGGUAAAUGUUCGUCUCUCAAUAAUCAGUGUUUUCGAAUGUUCGACUGCAUUUUGGAUCAAUAAUUCCAGAUAGAAUUCGCCAGGGUAGUAGGGACUUCUCAAAUUGAACUCACUGUGUUCAGGUACUGGAGACAAUUUGAAUUGAAAGACUGCGAAGCCAAAUUAUCUUGGAUAAAACCAUGUAUACUUCAGGUUUGGUGUGACAACUGUGUUUCUGUGCUGUGGGAAACGCUAGGUCCAGGGGCAGAACUAGAAUAAGGGGGCCGCUCUAAAUUUGAUUAAAGCUUGGGCGGUUCGUUUACUUAUUUCAAAAUUUGUACCAAGUUAUCAAAUAUUGUUCCAUAUGUUUAGAAUAAGAAAUUAAAAACCAGUGAAGGCAUGGCCAAUACAUAGGCCCGUCACUUUCUAG